AAUCUGAAGGGUCAGAAAUGAUCUAAGACAAGCUAAAUGUCUCCCUAUUAAGCCUCCAGUUUCAUGCAGUUACAGCAGAGGGUAAGGAAACAUCUCAAGUUUCAGCUGAAGAAUGCAAAGUCUCCGUUAUAUGAAGAGACUCUGGGAUCCAGCACAAGCACACCGACUUCUGCGAUUUGCAAGCCUGCAGAAAUCUACACAACAGAUGCAACACCAUAAGGUAAUGGAGGACAACAAACCAUGGGCUCUGUUCUCAGAGGUGGGCGAAAAUGGUUACCUGGAAGAGGUCACUGACAUAAUGAAACAACACUUCAACAUCGUCUGCCACAAAGACUUCCUUCAGGACUCCAAGUUGUACGGGCCGAAAAUCAAGGCAUUGUUUUUGUGGUUUGCGCUCCCGGCAACCGAGCCUUCACUUCUUCGCCAGCUCCCCUCACUAAAGGUGGUCGCCAACGGAGGAGUGGGCAUUGACCACCUGGAUGUCCCGUUCAUCAACAGUCUGGGAGUGAAGGUUACCAACACGCCUGGUGUGGUGAGCAAUGCCACCGCAGAUAUCGCAAUGGCUCUGCUUCUGGCAUCGGCACGUAAGAUUGUUCGGGGUCACCAAAUAGCCACUGAUCCAAAGACCACCCAUAUACCACAAGACCUGAUGGGAAUUGAAGUCACUGGGUCGACUCUGGGGAUCAUUGGGAUGGGACACAUUGGCAGCAGAAUCGCUCAGAGAGCAAGAGGCUUUGACAUGAAGAUCCUGUACCAUAACAGGAACAGGAGGAGCGUUGAAGAUGAGCAGGCGGUCGGGGCAAGUUACUGUGCGAACAUGGAUGACCUGCUUGGACAGUCAGAUUUUGUCAUGAUAGCAGUUAAUCUGACCCCUGAAACCACCAACCUGAUCAGCCACAGAGAGCUGUCCCUCAUGAAACCUACAGCGACACUAGUGAACAUCAGUAGAGGUCUGGUUGUGGAUCAGGAUGCUUUAGUUGAAGCGCUGAAGUUCGGGAGGAUUGGUGCUGCAGCGCUAGACGUGACUCACCCUGAACCUUUACCAAGGGAUCAUCCUCUCCUUCGUCUCCCCAAUGUGCUGAUCACUCCUCAUGUUGGAACAAACACCUACAAUACAACAAGAAAGAUGGUGCAGAAGAUGGUAGAUAAUGCUGUAGCUGUGCUGGAAGGCCAACCUAUUCCCAACGAAGUGAUACGUAAAUAACUUGACUCACUACACCUGAUCUGUCCUGAGUGUACUGUGUUUUUCUACUGCAGAAUGAAGCAAUUUUAAAAGGUCAUCACUUAUUUAGUUUUACAGUGUUCUGUCCAAUUAUAUGCCGCAAUCACUGUGAUUAUUAUUAUAGUAUCAAUAUAACUAAUAAUGCUGUUAGAUAAUGUUUGAAAUCACUUUUCUGUAAAGAAAUGUUGAGUAUGAAAUAAUCUGCUGAUUUCAUGUAUAUGUGCAGCCUCAUAUCUUUAUUGUGUUUAAAAUUGCUGAUACAUUUAGAUACAAAGUCAUGAAGGUGCUGCAUCUCCUUCAAGCCAAGGUAAUAAUGAUACGAAUAAGAAUAAAACUACCUCCUAUUUUGCACUCACAUUUGGGAAUGGUUCCUACAACUCAGUAAAAACUUUGAAUUGUCUGCCCAACAAAAUCACAAGCCCAAGUCAUCACCCUCCAUGGCAUUGCUUUUAUGUGUAGCUGGGGCUACGGGUGAAAGAGUUCAGACUGCAGGUUAAAAUAUGUCCUAUAAAUUAUUUACUUUUGGUGAAUGAUCACCAAUCAUGGUAAUACUUCCUUAGCAUAUUUGUUUGCCACAGGGUGAUGUCCUCUCUUUUGUUUUCAGGUAAAUUAAUUACUUCUGUCCUUUCACAUUAUCCUAGGAAAAAAAAGACACUAUACCACACUUAGACCAUUUAAGUAAUAAAGUAGCAAUGGAUUUAUUGUCUGAUCAGUCUUAGAAAGGCUUAAACUUAUACACAGGCUUAAAAAAGUGCCUUCCUUGUAAUAUUAUUGUAAAUCGAAAAUAAAUGUUUCUGUCAUUGGGAGCAUUUUAGCGUCACAGGCAUGCAAACAUUUAAAGGUCCUGGUUCUAUUUUCAUUUAUUACAACACAAUGUAUCCAUAUUCUUCACUCUAAAUAAAUGAAUUAUUUUUA